CCCGCGGGGCUGGAUCCCCGCUGCGGGCGGGCAGGAUGGACCGCCUGCCCGGGCUGCUGACCCCACUGUGCGUCUGCCCCGCAGAGCCCGGCCCGGCGCCCUGAGCGCAGCAUGCCCGCCCCGCUGCUCCUGCUGCCGCUGCUGCGCACCCUCCUCGCCCGCCUGCUGCUCCUGGCUCGCAAGCGCCUCCUGCCGCUGCUCCGGCGCCUGGGGGCCCGCUUGGGCUCUCGGGAGUCCCGCGAGGCGGUGCUCACCUGCCUGCUCUGCAUCCUCAACCUGCGCAAGAAGGCGGACGACUGAGACCUCGAGCCUCCCCCGGUGCUGGGGGGACAGCGCCGUGCACCCAGCCAGGGAGGGGGAGCGCAGUCUGCCAGCAGAGGAGAGCAUCCUGCGCCUGCUCUGGCCAGCCCAGGGGAGAACACGGAGCCCACCGAGGGGGGGAGGAGAGACCCCAGCAGCCAGCCUGGGAGUGGGGGAAGGUCUCUCAACACCCUGCGGGAGACAGGCCUGCCCCCUGGGAGCAGACGCAUCACUCUCCAUCUCAGCUCUGCAGAGCUGCCCCGUUUCCAGCCUUUUCCUGGGAGGAUCAUUUUCAUCAUCUUGGUCUGAAGAUGGGAUCCAUCCCCCCCCUCACCUCCCUUCUUCUCUCCCGCUCUUCAGCUCCUGUUUUCUGACAGCCCCUCUGGAAGGGGAUCUCUUCCCUUGGCUCCCCCAAGGGGCCUGGGAUGGUUAUUUUGUGACUUUCGCCUUUCGGAACGGUUGGAAGCCCUACGCUUUGGGCCAUUUCAAAGGAGGCUGGACAGAAGCCUGGGGAGUGAUCUGGCCCUGGGCCCUGGGGGACGGACUAGACGGCACCAACUGGGGCUUCUCCAUCUCUGUUUCUGGAGGCGGAGUUCAGCUGAAAUCCUGUGUCGUUUCCUUGCCUCGAGGUUUGCAGGCUGCUGGCUGGAUUCUUCUCUGCCUCACCUCUCCUUUGGCAGCAGCGGGUGGGGAAUUUGGGGUUGUGAUAUCCCCCACAAUCUCCUGGGGACUCCACAAGGCUGAUGUUUGGGGGAGGAUGUCCGGCAGCACGGCGAGGAAAAUCCAGCCCUUCACCAUCAGCACCAAGCUCUCCCUGCCCAAGUGCACGGUGGACUUCCCCGGGGACUCCUGCCCUGAUGACACCAUGGCUGGCCUGGAUAACUGUGCCCUGCGCCAGAACCUCAAUGAGUGUGUCCCCCUGUACUUUGCUCGGGCCCAGUCCAGCCCUGUGCCCACUGGAGGUGGGUUCCGGAGCACCAGCCCAACUGAGGAGGGCAUCACCGACGAGGACCAGCUCAACCGCAACUCACUAGCCCGCUCCAUUAAGAAGAUCACGCUAUCUAACUGGCAUGGGGAGCCUGGCCCAGGCAAGGAAGGGGUGUCUAAGGGCCCAGUCCGGACCAGCUGUGAGAGGAAUCACAACAACAACAACAGCAGACCAGGGAAGGCUCAGUUCAAGGUCUUUCUCAGAAAGGAAGUGGAUGUGGAGGAAGAAAAGCAGGAGGCCAGGAGCCCCCUUGCUGGUGAUUUCUGCUCUCCGGUGGACAAAGGUCCUCCCUUCCAUAUGAUUUCAGGAUGCCACGCAGCAGCCCCCUGGAAGGAAAGUGUCAAGAACAAGGAGCCAAGUGGAUUGGCUGGGCUGAAAACUGACAUCCGAAGCAGUGCAGGGCAGGCAAAUGUCCCUAACCAGAGCCCUCUCAUAGUCCAGUUCAACCGAGAGAUAAUGCAGGCCGAGAGCUGGGUGCGCGGGAAGCUGCGGGAUCUGAAGGAUGGCUGCAAUAUCCAGGACUGGGAACGGGUGGCACAGACCCUGCAAAGAGACAUGAAGGAUUUUGAGGACACGCUGAUCAAACUGAACCAGAUGGGUGAGCAGCUCAUGGGCCGGCCCAGCCCCAGUGUGGAAACUGUCAGGAGGCAGCUGCUGGCCCUGAAGGAGCAGUGGCAGCUGCUGAAGCAGACAGCCGGGAAUCAGAACAAAGCGCUGGGCGGGCUGCGGAACCUGCAGGAGUUCAACAGGAGAGCGGAGCGGCUGGAGGCUUGGAUCAGGCAGAAGGAAGAGAAGCCCGUGCUGACUGUCCUUCUGCAAGAGAGCAUGGACAAGAUCCAGCUCACCCGCCGCAUCCUUGACUUAAAACAGGAGGAGCAGCAGUUCCAGGGCCUGCAUGAGGAGAUGAACAGCCUGGCCCAGAAGCUGGAGAAGCAUGGCAAGAGUGAGAGCAGGAGCAUCUCCGCCCGGCGCAAGCACCUCAAUAAAAUGUGGCUGCGGCUUCAGGGGACCCUGAAGGAACAUCAUGAGACCCUGCAGCUGGCCCUGGAGGUAGCUGCCUUCCUCCAGCAAGCGGACACGCUCCUCAGAGCCAUCCACGCCAAGUGGAGGAACCUCUGUGGCGUGGGGAAGCAGGGGGACCCCGAGUCCGUCCGGGACCGAGACGUCAGGGAUAUUGCUAGCCAGGUCAUGAUGUUGGAUGUGACUGUGUCCCAGCUCAUCAGCCUCCAUCCCAGCCUGGCAGUACGAGUCCUGCACAAACACCGAGACGUCAAGGAGAGCUGGGCCCAGCUUCAGCAGGCGCUGAGGAACGAGACGUCACCAUUGCUGGCCCUGGUGAGCAGUUUGCCGAUGGGAGAGACCGAUGCCCUGAGCCCCGAGCAGACAGAAGCCGGCAGCGGGGGAGUUGCGGGGAAGGAAGCCGCAGACAAGUGGAGGAGGGUCCCAUUAAGUGUGGUGCAGAAGGACUUUGCAGGGAAUGUGACGGAGCAUGUGAGAGGCGAGGAGGGAAGCCCGAGCUUGCCAGGAGAGCAGGCCACCCCUGGCUGCCACAGCAACAGUAAGAGGAGGAGGAAACCCCCAGGACAGUCAGACGCUGUGCGGGGCCCAUCCCAGCAGGAGGCCCAGCUGCAGGACUUCUGUCAGGCUGCUAAUGUGGCCGUGUCCUGGCUGAGGGAGAACGUGGGUCUCAGCGUCCGGCUGAGCCAGAUGGAGGACGCAGAGAGCCUGGAGGCCGCACAUACCCAGCAGGCCGCGCUGCAGCAGGAGAUCCUGGGCAACAGCUCCAGCAUUGAGGCCCUGCGCCUGGAAGGGCAGAAGCUGCUGUGUGGCAGCCAUGGAGGGAGACCUCAGGUGGAAGGCGUCCUCCAGGAGCUGGAAGGGCUGUGGGAGGAGCUGCAGAGGAGGCACCGGGAGAACGGUGCGGCGCUGAAGGAGAUUGAUAAGGUUCUGCGGUUGGUGGGAGAGCUGGAUGGGGCUGAGCACUGGCUGCAGGGGGUGGCGGGUUCACUGUCGGAGCCCGCCCCCAUGAGGAGCCCAGAGGAGCUCCGCAGGGACCUCCAGGAGAUCAGCUGCUUGGAGAAGCAGGUCCUGUUGUGGGGCAUCAAGCUCCAAGGCCUGCGGGAGGAGAUGGGGAGAGAGCCCUCUGCAGAGCACGUGACGUCUGGGAAGAUUCAGAGCAAGGUGGAGAUGGUGGAGGAGAAGCUGGGGUGCGUGCGGGCGGCCCUGCAGCGGCGGGCGGAGGACCUGCGCGAUUCCCUGGUGCUGUCUGAGUUCCUGCAGAAUGUGCAGCAGGAGGAGGUGCUGAGCCAGAGGAACGGCACGCUGCCAGGGACCAGCAGGCUGGGCUCCCAGGAGCCUGUGCACCUCCCCUUGGCCCAGGCUGGGCAGCAGCUGAGCCGUGAGGACAUGAGUAGCCCCCUGGGUGAGUUGCAGGAGGCCGUGGAGAUGCUGAAUGACGUGGUGAAGGAGCGGGAGCGAGUCAUGGAGGCAGCAGCUGAGACUGAGAGUCUGGAGCGCCUGCUGGCCCGAGUCUCCCCACGCAUGGAGGCCGUUCGAUGCAGAGCGGAGGCUCUGGCCCGUGAUAUCGCCCAGGUGGAGAGUGGCUUUGCCACAGUGAAGAGCAAGCUGGACCUGCAGGGGCUGCAGGGGCUGCUGAGCCAGCAGCGGGAGAUGGAGGGAUUCAGCCUGGUGGCCUAG